AUCAUCAGAAGGACUUCCCCACGUGUUCCAGGUUGUCGCUGUAAACACAGAUUUGAACAAUGCGGAAAAAGGGAACAUUAUCGCACCCAAAGACAUCAGGAAAAGGCAAACGGUGGAGAAAAGGACAAAGUAGCAAUAGUAAUCCUAGUGGGAAAAAGUUUCGUGAUGCGGCUAAGAACAGAUUUUUCAAUGAAAUCACCGGACCCAGCUGCUUGACAGAAGCUGCACUGGCGAAACAUAAUGAAAGUCAAGAGGAUGAGAGUGGAAAUAAGCAUAUGGUGGACGUUCUCUCUGAAACUGAUAAACUCAGUGUCACAGCCAAAACGAUGAACUCCUGGGCGAGUAACUGGACAGAGUGUACCAACACAUCAUUUGGGAGAGUCCUUCGCUAUUGCAAGUCAAACUCUGCCCUCCACAAAGAAAUUUUGGCUGUUCUUGCAGCAGUGACAGAAAUUAUUAAGGCACAAGGAGGAAAAGAAUCAGAAACGGAGUAUUUGGGUGCACUGAUGACUGCCCUUGAUUCAGCAGAUUCAGAACAGUCAUUAGCAGCUGUGUCAUAUUUAAUUAGCCUGGUGAUUAAAAGAGUUCCUGUUGCAGUAUUGAGAAGUCGGUUUUCUGAUCUUGCCAAAAAGUUGUUGGACAUUCUAGGCAAGCAUGCUGAUGGGGAGUCUGCAUCUCUGCUGAAGUCUCUGUUGCUAAGCCUGGGUGCUGUUCUGCGUGUGCAGGAGCAGAUUGUGUGGAACAGUUCAUCCACUCAUCAGAUCUACUCCAGCCUCCUCACCUUUGUCCUUCACCCUAAACCCAAGGUACGGAAGACUGCCCAGCGAGUAGUGUGUGUGGUGCUCAAGGGCAGCAUGUUUCUCACUCAGGCCGAGUCCCCGCCUCACCACCCAGCCGCUAGCCUUACCGCUAAGUAUUGCGUGCAGCAGAUGGAGGAGAAUGCGGCCUCUGUGGAUUGCCAGACCACCCUCCAUAUCCUGGGAUUAUUACAGGAUAUUCUGGGUACCUUUCCUCAGCAAAGCUUAAAGUCCGUCUGUGAAACCAUUCUGCGACUGAUGACACUCAGUAAUGUGAUGCUGACUGCCUGUGGCAUGCAAGCUCUACAUGGGAUGUUUUUGUCACAGCCAAGCCCCAAGAGUCUACCCGCAGAGCUGACAGCACAGAUCAUAACGGCAUUGUACGAGUAUGAGCCAAGUGCUGGUGACGUACAGCCGAUGAGGGCAUGGCUAGCAUUGAUGGAGGAGGGUCAUGUGAGACUGGGUCAGCUCCAGCAGACGCUCUGUGUUGGUCAUCUACCCCGAUUGGUCAAUGCCUGCAUCACCUGUCUCCUUUCACAGAAGACGGACGUCCGCAACGCCGCCACACAGGUGCUUAAGAGAGUGUUGUCUAAAUGUCUGGCCCCUGCAAUAGAGAGUGGGGGGUCGCUGGAGUGUUCAGAUAUCAGCAAGACUUGUCUCCUCAAGAUCCAGACGGCCCUGGAGAAGGGACUGGGGUAUCAGUACCAUGCCACAUGGGGUCACGUCCUGGAGGUCUUCUCUGUAUGGUAUACUGUGCUUGGUAAACAAUACUGGAAAAUUAUGACAAAGAGCUUACAGACAAUGGCUGAUUUGAGAGAGACAUUUAAGUUUCCUCACAAGGGUGAGGUUGACAUGGCCGUGGGGAGUGCUGUGAGAAAUAUGGGGCCCAAGACCGUUCUGCAGAUAAUCCCGCUAAAUAUCACAGGUGAUAGUGAUAAUACGGACUUCCCCAGGAGUUGGCUUUUACCUGUCCUUCAUGGAAACAUCCAAAAUACAGAGCUCGCCUAUUUCACGUCUUAUUUCCUGCCAUUGGCUGCUAAAUUCAGGACAAAGGCAGAGGAAUUGUGCAGAGUUGGUCACAGCAUCCAGGCAAAGUCAUACGACGCUCUGCAGUUACAGAUCUGGUCCUUACUGCCACAGUUCUGUAACAAGCCCACAGAUCUACCAACAGCUUUUCCUGCCCUGGCCAAGGUACUAGGAAUGGCCUUGAAUGAGAGAGAAGACCUGAGGGGAGACAUCAUGUUGUCACUGCGCAAACUGAUUCUGCAGAAUCAAGAACAAGAGGACAGUCGGGCUGUAUUGGCUAGAUUUGCCAAGAAUUACCUGCCAAUCUUACUUAACCUGUAUACACUGGAGGCUGAACAGACUGGAGAUGUGUCAAAACCAUCUGUACUAGAGACUAUCAAAAUAUACCUGCAGAUCACCAAUCCAGAGCUUACGAAUUCCCUCAGCAGUAUUGAUGAUCUGCUGAGAGACACAGACUCUGAACUGGAAGACGAAGGCAAUGAAGACAAGGAGAAGAUGGAGACGAGGAAAGCUAAGGAAGAGCGGAAGGGAGAUAAAGCCUGGCUGAUGGAAGAUAACCCUUCAGAAAUCAUGGACUUCCUUGAUGUGUCAACGACAAAGAGGCUCAUGGCUUCUAAACCAACCACUGGAAAAGGGAAGGCAGAUAAAGCUGAGGAUGCUUUCAAGAUGACCUCUGAUGGGAGGAUUAUCAUUUCUGCCGACCAAGAUAGUGAUGAAGGAGAGUCGGAAGCUGAAGAUGACCUUCAGGACCUAUUUGACACAUUUGAAGCCAGUCACAAGCAAAAAGGCAAAAAGCGUAAACUGUCCAUAGGAGAUGAUGAUGAGGAUAUCACUUCAGCCAGUAAAUAUAAAGCUGGAGGCAGGGGUAUUCAUCGCCCUCUAGGUGCUGUGGGAAAGUCCUUAGGAAGUAAGGAGGGUAAUGUCCAGAAAGGAUUGGGCCAGGAGUACAAGGCAAAGAAGGCUGGCGGUGAUGUACAGAAGAAGGGACAACCUGAUCCUUAUGCUUACGUCCCAUUGCAGUUCUCACAGUUAAACAGAAGAAAACAAGCCAAGUUGAAGGGCCAGUUCUCCGGAUUUGUGCGAGGAGCCAGGAAGGGUGCUGCCAAAGGAAGGAAAGCAAAACAAAAGUUAAAACAUUAAUUUGGAAUCAGUACAAAUACUGUGCCUACUUGCGGUACAA